CUGGAACAAUUCCAUCUUGUUUUUCUUCCCCACAUUGACCAUCACUGAAUCAGCAGAUCAGCCUGGGCCCCUCUUUUAGCGUUGAGGGCAGGAUCCGCUUCUUUGCCCCUGCAGAAUGGCUCCAGCCGGGCCGCUUCUGAUGGAGGGCGGCAGUGUUGUCCAGCAGCCGGAGGGCGGCGCUAUCGACUCGGGAGAGAGGCGGCUGAACGAGCUGGGUUACAAGCAGGAGCUCAAUAGAAAGCUGAGCAUGUUCAAGCUGCUGGCGAUUGCCUUCUCAACCAUGACGCUGUUUACCGGGAUCAUUCCGCUGUAUGGCUUCGGACUGCUCAACGGGGGGCCGGUGGGCGUUAUCUGGGGCUGGGUCAUCGUCUCGUUCUUCGUCAUGUUCGUGGGGCUCGCCAUGGCAGAGAUCUGCUCGUCAUUCCCGACUACGGGGUCUCUCUACUUCUGGGCCGCCCAUCUGGCAGGCCCCGUAUGGGGCCCCCUCGCCUCUUGGCUAACUGCGUGGUUGGAAACCGUCGGUCUCAUUUUUGCGGUGGCUACACAAGCCUACCCUGGGGCGCAAGUGCUCCAAAUCAUCAUCCUACUUCUAACCGGAAACAACAUUGGGGGAGGCUAUUUCGCUCCCAAGGGCAUCUUUGUCGCCAUGUAUAUUGGGUUGACGCUCAUAUGGGCGGUGAUCAACACUUUUGCGAUUGAAAUCAUAGCGUAUCUGGACGUGAUCAGCUUAUUUUUGCAAAUCACCGGAGCAGUGGUGAUGAUCAUUAUGCUGCCGCUCGUGGCUCCGACACGGCAGACGGCAUCCUAUGUGUUUGGCAACUUUGUGACGAAUUCGGAGACUACCGGAGUGACGUCAAAAGCGUACUCGUUCAUCCUGUCGGUGCUUAUGAGCCACUACGCGUUGUUUGGCUACGACGCGGCCGCGCACUUGACGGAAGAAACCGCGAGGGCCGAUAUCAACGGGCCGAUUGCCAUUCUUUCGAGCCUUGGCAUCAUUGUAACAUUGGGAUUCGCCUUUCUCCUGAGCCUGACUUUCAGCAUCCAAGGGGACGCAAGCAAUCUCUUCGAUCCAAACAACGAGACGGCAGGAAGCUUUCCCCCCGGACAAAUCUUGUACGAUGUCUUCCACGGACGCUUCGGCAAUUCGGCGGGGGCGAUUGUGCUGCUAUUUGUCAUCUUCUCGUCCUUCUUCUUUGGCGGCCUCAGCAUCAUGACCAGCGCCUCCCGAGUGGUGUAUGCCUUCUCCCGUGAUGGCGGGAUCCCCGGGUCCUUCAUUUGGCGCCGCAUUCACCCCCGGUUGAAGGUCCCGGUCAACGCCGUUUGGCUCACCGCUUUCAUUGCGUGCCUUCUGGGGCUUCCUAUAUUGAAGCUCAAUGUGGUCUUCAGCGCCAUCACCUCCGUUGCCACUAUUGGUUGGAUGGGGGGUUACGGAGUGCCUAUCUUCUUCCGCAUGAUAAUCCCCGGGGCUCGCUUCCAACCGGGCCCCUUUUCCUUAGGCAAAUUUAGCCGGCCCAUCUGCUUUGUGGGCUUCCUGUGGAUCUGUUACACCUGCGCGGUCUUCCUACUGCCCACCACGUACCCCAUCAAUUCGACCACGUUGAACUAUGCACCGGUCACUAUUGGGGCGCUCGUCAUUGUUGUUGGAGGAUGGUGGAUCAUUGAUGCUCGGAAGUGGUUCAAGGGCCCCGUCAGGGAGAUUUUCCUUGCGAACGGAGAAGAGUUGCAAAAGUGAUACGUCCUUGUUGGCUAAAUACGAAGUUGUUUUUUGAGCUUCUGCAGCCACUGCCUGUUGGUUUGCGAGGGCUUGAAUUGUGUUGUUUUUGUAUAGCCAUUGGUCAAAGUCUUUAGGUGCACCGCUUUGCCACAUUGAAGUAGUAAGUAAAGAAAGAUCAGGUUCCAAGCAGAAGAUAAACUCCAAUUCAUCAGUAUCCUACGAUCUAGAAUCAACAAAUAAUGAUUGUUGGGCACAUUGACAAUUGCAAACAAGGUCUAGAUGACGUGUGACGCUUGUAAGCUCAAGAAGGUAGGUAUUUUUGAAGUCGUCUAGCACUGGCCUAAGCUAGUUGUUGAAGCCGCGCAGCUUGCUAGAGGUAUAGGUAAGUAGGUAAAAGAUAAGCCUGGCUAAGUCAAAGGUUGGACGCAAUGCUUUGCUUGCUAGCCAAGUAGCCUGUAUAAAGUCCGUUCGAUCAUGCAUGUUUGCGUUUUAACAUAUAGCCCGAAUGGUACCUUGGUUAGUGGCGUAGCUAGUGUCUGCAACUUUCGUGUGCAGAAAUUUGGCCCUAGCCAACCUUCCGA